ACCCUCCGCACACUGUUGUCACAGCACUGGACUGUAAUUCAUGUUAGUGAUAAGCUGUUUACCUUGUAAAGUUGUUGGUGGUCACUGACUGUUUAACAUUGUUGAGGUCCAAGAGUCACAUUGUUGGAUUUUCUCCCUGCUGCUUGGCUUGGUUUGAUGUUCUGCUCCGAUACCAUGAGGACAUGGACGAUUAGUUCACUGAUUGUCUGUGUUUUCUUGCUGCAUGUUAGUGGACUUCAACAAAAAGACACUCAAGCUGGUUGUAGCACAACUCCAAAUGACCUGGCGUACAUCAUCGACGGCUCCUCAAGCUUGGGAGUUCCCAACUUUGAAACAGCCAAGCGCUGGCUCAUUAACAUAACCAAUGGUUUUGACGUGAGCACCAGGCACACUCAGGUGGCGGUUGUCCAAUACAGCGACACACCUCGACUAGAGAUUCCCCUGGGAAAGCACCAGAAUAGUCAAGAACUGGUUGAGGCCAUCGCCUCCAUUCCAUACCUGCGGGGGAACACGCGGACCGGCCGCGCCAUCAAGUUUGCCUCACACCAUGUCUUUGGGAUGCUGAACCACACCCACCAGUCUGCCAGGAACCGCAUUGCUGUGGUUCUCACGGAUGGGCGUUCACAAGAUGAUGUUGAGGAUGCAGCCAUGGAGGCCAGGAUGCAGAAUAUUGUUUUGUUUGCAGUUGGUGUGGGAAAUGAGAUCACCAACACUGAAUUAGUGUCCAUGGCUAACAAGCCACCAUCUACUUAUGUGCUACAUGUGGAAGACUACAACUCUAUUGGAUCCAUUUGGGACUUGAUGGAGCAGAAACUGUGCGAGGAGUCGGUGUGUCCAAAGCGGAUCUCUGGGACAGUGAAUGAUCUGAAGGGCUUUGAUCUAAUGAGCAUGAUGAGAAUAGAGAAGGUGGCUCAAAAGGUUCAGGGUUCUUUGAUAUCAGAGAAAGCGUCACUGCUCAGUCAUCGUCUAGACAUCACUCACAACACCAGUGAGAUAUUUCCAGAAGGCCUCCCUCCAGCCUAUGUGUUUGUUGCCACACUGCGCUUGAAGAACCCAGCUCACCGAAUGAAGUUUGACCUUUUGAGGGUGUUGUCUCAGGACGGGGUCAAACAGGUUGCGGUGACCAUUAACGGAGUAGACAAAUCAGUCACCUUCACCUCCACCACCACCUUGAAGAAAGAGCAGACAGUCAUAUUUAAUGACAGAGGCAUCAAGAGGCUCUUUGACACAGACUGGCAUCAGUUGAAGUUCCUGGUGAAACCCAGACGCAUUACUUGUUUCGUAGACGGCACGUAUGUGGAAGAGCAGCUCUUAGAUCCAGUGGUUCCCAUCUACAUUAAUGGAAAGACCCAGGUGGCCAAGAAAGUCAAUAUACAGACAACAGUCCCUAUUGUGCUGCAGAAAUUACGACUUUACUGUGACCCUCUACAGAGUGAGCGAGAAACGGCAUGCGAAAUUUACUCGGUGUGUCCUGUGGAGCGCUCUCCAGCUGUAGAUGGUUGUGACUGUCCGAGUGGUAAGCCAGGCCUGCCUGGCCUACCAGGGUCUAUGGGCUUCCGAGGGGAGAAAGGCAGAGAGGGACCACCUGGACCUGAUGGGAAACCCGGGAAGCCAGGAGAGAAGGGAGCAUCUGGAGAGCCUGGUCGAGAUGGACUGAAAGGCGAAGCAGGUGAACCAGGAAAAAAAGGGGAGCCGGGACAGUACGGACCCAAAGGAGAAAUGGGACCACCAGGGCCACCGGGACCAUCAGUACCCAUAGGCCCUGGAUUUUCCAUAUUGGAAUUAGGUGACUUUGGAAUGCAAGGAACCAAGGGAAUCCAAGGUGAACAUGGCGAAAUGGGACCACCUGGAAAACCUGGACCGAUUGGUGAACGUGGGGUACCUGGUCUACCUGGGCUUGCUGGCCCCAAGGGAGAGAAAGGAGAUGAUGGUGCGGCAGGAUCGGAUGGAGAACCUGGAAUUCCUGGUAUACAAGGGUUUCCUGGGGAGAUGGGCCCUGCUGGACCUCAAGGUGAGCGAGGUGUGGGAGGACCAGUUGGUUUUACUGGACCAAUGGGACAGCAGGGUCCGCCAGGACCGGCUGGCCCACCUGGCAUAGAAGGUCCUCCUGGUCCAAAGGGGAAUUCUGGGGCCCGUGGACAUUUUGGGCUUCCUGGACGACCUGGUCUUAAAGGUUCAGAGGGAGAGCCUGGCAUUCAAGGUCCCCCUGGCAUUAGAGGCCUACCAGGUUUUAAAGGUCAAAAGGGUGACUCAGGAUCAUCUGGACCAAAGGGAAGCCAGGGUGAGAAAGGCAACCAGGGAGAACCUGGAGUUUCUGGAAAACCUGGUGAACCAGGGUUUAAAGGAAACAAAGGAGAGCCAGGUGUAGCAGGGGAUCCUGGGAUCAGAGGGGCUGAUGGGAAAAGGGGAGACAUGGGUCCAUUAGGGCCACCAGGAUCUCGAGGCAUUCCGGGUCUAGAUGGGUUACCAGGGCAACCAGGAGUUCCAGGUUACCCAGGAAAACCUGGAAAGCCACCUUCUGAGGAACAUCUUGUGAAAAUUUGUGCCUCUGUGUUACAAAACCAGCUACCACAGCUCCUGCAGGUGAUGGGCCAAAGAAGUUGCGAAAACUGUGAAACCAAACAAGGGUCGCCAGGCGAUCCAGGCCCCCCUGGUCCAACAGGCCCAUCUGGACCACCAGGGUACCCUGGCAUGAUGGGAGCUCCUGGCUACCCGGGACCACCAGGGAGGAGGGGACCAGAAGGAGUUAAAGGUGAUAUUGGCCCAAUGGGUAUGAAAGGUGCCAAAGGACAGGGUGACAUUGGGUUGCCAGGUCCACCUGGCCCAGCAGGUUUACAGGGCCCACGUGGAGAGGAUGGUGAGGGAUAUCCUGGACCAUCUGGUCCCCCAGGAAAACCUGGCUCUCCAGGUAUCCCAGGCAAAUGUGGGCCCCCAGGAUCAAUGGGUGUUUGUGACCCGUCUUCUUGUUAUCAAGCCUACAGUUUUCGUGAUGACCCUUUUAGGAAAGGACCAAACUUUUAGCAUAAGAAUAGUGGGAUCUUACUGAUUCUGUACAGUUUUCUCUGAGAGUUUAAAUGGACAACAAACAUUUCAGAUGCUCAGCAUUGACCUCAAGAACUUCUAACCUCUAAAGAAAGCUGUCAUGAUCUUGACUUUAAAUAUGUGAUGUGUUUUUUGUUUGAGAAUCUUAUGUUUUGUGUGUUAACAUUCCUUAUUUGUGUGAAUCUUUGUGUGUGACCCGUUUCUGAUUUUUGUCCUAAAGUAAGUGAUUUUGUUUUACACUUAAGGUCUUAACAUCAUGUCAUCUCUUUCCAAACAAUGGGGAAAGUGAACGAGGACUGGUGCUCUCAAGCUCCAAAAAUGACUAAAAAGCACUGAAAAGUAUUAUAAAAUUGGACCGUACAACUCAUUUGCCGUUGUUGAAGCCUUCAGAAGCAAUACGAUAGCUUUGUGUGAAGAACAGUCCAAAAUGUAAAUAGUUAUUUGCUGAAAAUAUUUCUCAUCCAUACUUCUAUAAUAUCACAUGUAUUCACGUACUUCGAAAUAUGGUGUGUCAAGACACAUCGUUUCCUAGUUGGCUGUAAAUUACAUCAUGACCCAAUUCAUUUUCAAUCUACAUUUUUGGGUGAACGAUUACACUGAACUGACCUAGCCAAGCUACCUCUGAACAGGAUGUGAAGCAUUUGCUAUUGGCUAUACUACAACACCAGAACGUUUAUGUUUAAAUCUGAGAAUACUUAUGCUCAAGGGCUAUUCAUAAUCUGUUUUGUUUUAUACCAACAUUUAAAAUGUAUUCUUAUACUACUACAACAUUUUAAUUGUUUCAGCAUUUGGUGCAUUGUAGAAUUUUGCAGCACUCAUAAUAAGUUUUAGUUUUGGCAUGCAUGCUUUUGACUUAAUAGAAUUGUGAAAAUGAUUAACAACUAUUUAUUACCUAAUAUUUUUUGUGUAUGUUCUUUUAAUGCACACAGGACUUUUGCCUUUUCAUGUCUUUUAGGAAAUACUGAAUUGGAUUUAUUUUAUUAAUUCAUAAAUUUUUCAGUGCAGCUGAUAUUUGACUUUUAAGAUAACGUGAAAUUG